GGCCUUCAAAGUUCAAAAUACAAGUUUCUUCCCUCUUCAAUCUUCACAACACCAUUUGAGCGAAAGAUCCUAAUUUCUAACUUCUCUAAAAAGAAAAAACUGGGUUUGCGGGAAAUAAAGACAAAAGGGGAAGAAAAUAAUUUCAAUUGUUGCUUUAAUCUGUAAUUAUCCAAUUUACUACAUCUCUGGUCUAUCCAAUGAACUGGGUUGUUCUUAUUUUUAACGAGUAUGAGGGUAUACACUCUUGCAUUAAGUCGCAGGCUCUUUGCGGCAUUUCAUCAAACACUUGGUGUACCUUUGAAAAUAAGCAACAGAAAAACCGCAUUUGCUUUUUGCACCAAUUCAAUAACUGACCAGAUUGAUUUAGAUUUGCAGAAUUCAACCUCUGAUGGCGGUGAAACGCCAAAGAUUCUGUCUUUAAGGAUUGAAAGGCUAACGAGAGGAGAACUUGUUGGGUGUGUGUUUCAGAAGUGGAUGGGUGAAGGACUUGCUGUUCAUAGAGGUGAUAUUUUUCAUGCCAUUAAUCGUUUAAGGAAGCUUAAGUUGAAUAAACGUGCUCUUGAGGUAAUGGAGUGGAUAAUUAGAGAGAAGCCAUAUAAGCCGAAGGAGUUGGAUUAUUCAUAUCUGUUGGAGUUCACUAUAAAACUUCAUGGCAUUUCACAUGGUGAGAGACUGUUUCUAAAUAUUCCUAUCGAGUUUCAGAACGAUUUACUCUACAAUAAUCUUGUAAUUGCAUGCUUGGAUCAAGGAGUCAUUAAGCUUUCAUUAGAGUACAUGAAGAAAAUGAGAGAAUUAGGACACUCCAUUUCGCAUUUGGUCUUCAACCGACUUAUUAUUCUUCAUUCUUCGCCUAGGCGUAGGAAAAUGAUCCCGAAAAUUCUUGCUCAAAUGAGGGCUGAUAAAGUUACCCCUCAUGUCUCAACAUUUAACAUCCUCUUGAAGAUAGAAGCUAAUGAUCAUAACAUAGAAGGACUAAUGAAAGUUUGGGGGGAUAUGAAGCGGGCAAACGUUGAACCAAAUGAAGUUACAUAUUGCAUUCUAGCGACUGCACAUGCCGUUGCAAGGUUGUAUUGUGGAUGUGAGACGUAUGUGGAGGCUAUUGAGAAAUCCAAAACGGGCAAUAAUUGGUCGACCUAUGAUGUCCUCAUUAUUUUGUAUGGCUAUUUAGGGAAGGAAAAGGAGCUCGAGAAAAUAUGGAGCAUUGUGCAGGGUUUCCCGCAUGUUAGAUCAAAGAGUUUCUUACUAGCCAUUGAAGCAUUUGGUAGGAUCGGACAGCUAAAUCGCGCUGAGGAACUUUGGGAAGAAUUGAAAUCGAAGAAAACUUUAAAAUCAACAGAGCAGUAUAACUCCAUCAUAUCGGUGUAUUGCAAGAAUAGACUAGUUGAUAAAGUUUCGAGUCUUUUUAAAGAAAUGAAGAUAUAUGGAUGCAAGCCUAAUUCCAUAACGUAUAGGCAUCUCGCUUUGGGCUGCUUAAAAUCCGGUUUAACCAAUGAGGCCUUGAAGACUAUCGAAAUGGGGUCGAAGCAAAGCACUAGCAACCAGGUGAAGAAAUCAACACCGUGGCUGGAGACAACAUUGUCUAUUCUUCAAAUGUUUGCUGAGAACGGAGAUCUAGAGAAUGUCGAAAAUCUGUUUGAAGAGCUUAAGAUAGCUAGAUAUACAAGGUAUACAUUUGUGUAUAAUAGUUUAAUCAAGGCGUAUGUUCGGGCCAAGGUAUACCAUCCUAAUCUUUUACGGAGAAUGAUUCUCGGAGGGGCUAGACCAGAUGCUGAGACCUACAGCUUAGUAAGGCUUGUUGAACAAUUCAGGACUUGACUGAAAAUCAUAACAUCCUGGUUCCACAAUUCGUGGUGUGCGACAGUCUUAUUGAGAAACGUGUUUUAUUUAUAGGUUAAAUAAUUCAUCUAAUACACAUAUUAUGAGAAUAUGAGCUUCUUGUUUAAAAUCUUAUUAUUGAAAGAUAGUCUUUCACAAGAGUA